UACUGUGUUUACUGAAGUUUCAAAAUUCAAACAAUAUAUUGUUAGGCGUUACUUGUUAAUUGACUAUGGAUAAUAGCUUAAUUGGUGUGAUAUGUUCAGCUGUUUAAUGAUACCAAAAUAUUCAAGUUAAAUAAGAGAUAAAUAGAUCUAAAGAUGCUGUGUGUGUAAAAAUAAAUCAUUCAGUAAAAUGGCAAGUUUUUCACAAUCCACUUUUGACAAGGGAUCAGACAUGGUCCUAAACUUCUUGUGCUCGACCUGUGAAGAUAAGAAACUGGAAAUCAUGGCUGAUUUCUACUGUGAAUCUUGUUAGAAGUUUUACUGCAGAAAAUGUAUAAACAUGCACCGCAAGUUGUUUACAAAACAUGCCCCCUUUGGAAGGGGGGAUAUGAAGAACUGGCCAGUCGCGAAGAAAGUGGAAGAUUUUAUUCUGAAAUGCGAUGUCCAUAAAGAAGAAAGUCUGAAAAUGUAUUGUGAUGAACACAGUGAGCUGUGCUGUACAAAUUGUGCAUUCCUUAAUCACAGACUAUGCCAAAAGGUAACUCUUAUAUCCGACAAAGUUAAAGGUCAGUCCACAGACCUUCAAAAACUGUCAUUUUCUAUCCAAACUAUUCUGGAAAAAAUAAAAAAACUUCAAGACAACCAAGAGGCUAGCAAUCAAUUUGUUCAAAGUUCAUUUGACGAGCAGUUACACACAAUACAGGAAACUCGCCAAAAUAUAAAUUCAGCCUUAGACAAAAUCGAACAGAAGACACUGAAGGAAAUGAAAGAUACUCUCACGAAUCGUCAAGCCUCUUCCAAAAGUGAUGUUGACAAAUGCAUCAGGCUAAGGGACGAAUUGAAACAACUUCGUGACGCCAUACAGGAUAUCAGUGAUAAAAGCAAACUGGAACUAUCCUUUAUAGCCACCAGGAAAUGCAAGGACAAAAUACAGCAUUGUGAAACCUUUCUAAAGAAGAACUCUCUUGGGAAUAAAGUUUCAAUAACAUUCAAGCCUAACCAUGAAAUUAUACAGUACUUGUCUAAACUGUCUUGUCUUGGACAGAUUGAACACAGUACACAGACAUUGAUGGGGCAAGAUAAUCCAAACAAGGUGUUCAUUGUGCAGGGGAAGUCUGAACAUAAUUUAGGAAUGUCAAGUGAUUCAGAGGUAUGCAAUAUCUGUGCCAUCUGUGUCCUCCCACAAGGACAGGUCCUGGUAGCAGACGAUAAUAAUAACACAAUCAAGCUGCUUGACCAACAGUACCAGGUAGUGAGUCACUGGAGUGCUACUGGCACGGCAGCGGGUAUGUGUGAGAUCACACCCAUUGAGGUGGCUGUGACUGUGAAUGGUCCAGAUACAAACAUACAUGAGGUCCAGUUCAUCACAGUAAACAACAGGCAGCUGGUGAUGGGGAAAAAGCUUCAGUUACAACAUUUAUGUAGAAGUAUUGCAUUCCACCAGGAUGACCUGUAUAUUACUUCUUGGACGGCACUGUACAAGUAUACACUCAGUGUCAGCAAGAUGUAUGAUGAUACAUCAGGUUAUGAGACAGAAACAACUAGAAAUGGCGCGGCAGAGGCCGACGCGUAUCCCCACGCCGAAUGUUUGACCUAGGUGUGCCCCAGGUAGACUGUUGUGCUGUUAGUCCCACAGGGGACAAGUUGUACAUCACUAACUGCUCCAAGCACAAGCUUCUUAUCCUGGCCAGGGAUGGGUCAGUCCUGGUCACCUUUAGUGACCCAGCACUGGCCUGGCCAACUGGUGUAAACGUGACACCUUCCGGGCAAGUGCUGGUAUGUGGAGGCCAAUACCCCAACUUCUUUAUCAUACAGUUGGACAGUGAGGGAAGAAGGAAGCUGGCCACUCUUGGCACUCUUACUACGGAGAAGGAUGGAAUGGGUAACCCAUGGUCAGUCUGCUACAACAGACACACCGCCUGCAUAAUUGUCGGACUUUUUAACAUCAAUAUUAUCCAGGUGUUCAAAGCACAAUAGUGUUUUUUAACAAGCAUCUUGUUUUAUUAUUUAGAUUAUUUAAAUUGGCCAUGAGAAUAUGCUGUUCUACAAUUAGAGCAUUGUGAUAUGAUACCAUAACAAUGAUAGCAUUAAUAAAGAGUAUAUGUGAACAUUUUAAGUGCUAUGAAUGUAUUAAGUUGUUAAAUCUAUGAAAAUUAUUUGUAUAUUUCUAUUUCACUUAACACGUUAAAAUGAUUUUAUUUCAAAGAAUAAUUUUUGUUUUUUACCUUACAUCAAAAUCGCACUCGAUUUAUGUAUAUUAGAUUUAUGUUUUUAACAUACAUUACAAACGUGUAGAAGAUUACUUGAAAUUUGUUUAAUCCUUGAUUUUGAAAUAUGAUGAAAAUUGUUGUUCCUGCUUUGAAAACACCUUUCUUUAUAAAUUGAAAUGACCUUAACUCAGGUUUGGAUCAAAAUUAAUACCCAAUGAAAUGUUCAAAUAUUCUCUUCCAGUUCAAUUAAAUGAAUAAAUUGUCAUUCAGCAUCGGCUAAUAUGAAAAUUAUAGCGAUGCAGCAUUUUGCCAUUUUGUUAACCCGAGUUUACAAUACGAAGCUGUUCGCACAAGAUUUUGCACUAUCAAAAUCAAGACAUUUUGUGUGUGCCCCUUUAUAUUUUCCAGAGUGUUUAUUUUUGCAAAUGGUUUUCUUAUAUAAAACAAUUAGAGUUUUAUCAUAUACUAUACCCUGUUACCUAUUUAAUACAACCAUAAAAUAUUAUUUUAAAUUACACAUGUGUAAGAAAACAUUUUUAAACGUUUUCAUUGGCUUAGUUUUCGUUUAUUGACCAAUCGCAUUUUGUUAUUUUGCUGAAAUGACGUUGCAACGUCAAAUGACGUCACGAAAUGUUAUCAACAUUCGGGAUUUAUCAUUAUGUUUGCGUAAAUAUUAAUUUAAUUUGAUCAUUUAAAAGCAUGUGAUUCAAAAGAUCCGACACUUGUUGUCAUAUUAUACCAUAUUUUAUUAAACUCCUCCAGAAAAUUUGCCAAAGGCUCGCUUACUAACAAAAUUCCUGAACUCGUUUAAUUAAAUAUGGUAUAAUAUGACAACUCGUGCCAGAUCAUAUAUAUAUUGCAUUCUGUGAAAUAGUAUAUAUUAUAGUAUAUAGUUCUUCCUCACUCUUCCCUACCCUGAUAUACAUGCACUUACAUUAUAAACAUUCAUAGUAUUGUUUUUUAUAGUUGAUAUUCAAACAUUUUAAAGUAAUGAGUUUCACAUAAGCCAAAAUUACAACAGUGCAUUCAUGUAAAAUUAGGUAGCUUCAAGAAAUA